UUUAAAUUAAUCAAGCUAAUUAGUUUCGAAAAUAACGGCUACAUCUGUUCCCGGUCUUUCCAUUUUCCCUCUCUCUGUUUUUUUUGUCAUAACUAUUUCUUAAUACAGUAUAAAUAUACUGCUCUACACUGCAAUACCCAUUCAAAAAAAAAUAAAAAAAUCCAAUUUCUUCUUCAUCUUCUCCUUCUCUGCAAUUCUUGAAAACCCCUUUCUGCAAUUCUCAAUCCAAAAAAAAUAAAAAAAAUGCCGAAAAUCGACGCCCUCCGUCGAUUUCUCCUCCCCUGUUUCAACUCAACACCCACAUCCCCAGCACCGCCAGUGCCGCUCACAAUCUCCACCAAAAAACGCCUGAGCACCUCCCUACGCGACGAUCUCGACGACCCAAAACAAGAUAAGAAAACAGAAGAAGAUCAAGAAGAUUCAUACCCAACAACCCCAAUCAGCACUACAAACAGCACCACCACCGCCGCCUCCGCCUCCGCCGCCGCCGCUUUACUCUCUGCUCCGCCGCGUUCUUCCAAAACAAUGGUAAUCGGAACAAUCUUCGGCCAACGCCGCGGUGGACAUGUAUGGUUCUGCGUACAACACGAUCGUCUCAACACGAAACCUUCACUUCUUCUAGAACUUUCCAUUCCUACAACAACCCUUAUUCAAGAAAUGCGAUGUGGAUUAGUCCGAAUUGCCCUUGAAUCAUCGGAUUCGGAGCUUAAUCGUUGCCCGCUCCAUUCAAUUCCAAUGUGGACUCUGUUCUGUAAUGGGCGUAAAAUCGGGUUUGCGGUUCGGAGACGGGCGACCCAGCAGACCCGAAUUAUGUUGAAGACGAUGCAGUCAAUGACAGUCGGGGCGGGUGUAAUCCCGUCGGGUUUGGUUUCAGGUACCGAAUCUGAAGAAGUGUUGUAUAUGAGAGCUAACUAUGAGUGUAUUAUUGGUGGUGCGGAUUCGGAGUCUUUUCAUUUGAUUAACCCGGAUGAGGGUCCGGGUCAAGAAUUCAGUAUCUUUUUACUUCGAUCCAACUGAGGGCGUAGCGUAAAUUGCAUACGACUGACUUUGCGGAAUCAAAUGAAAUUUCCAAGAAAUUAGAAAAUUUUUGAGUUUUCUGAAUUUCUUGAUAUUAUUUUUUGUUUUUGGUCAAAAGAGGUUCAAGUUCCAAUCUUUGAUGAUUUUUUUUCAACAGCUUUUUGUAAAGAAAGCUAAUUUUUUAAUUAUUCCUCUUUAGCUUCUUU